CAGCACCAUUGACAUGCCUGGCCCAAGUGCUAAGCAAGGUUAGGUGCAAGACAGCAACCUUAAACACCAUCAAAUCCUUUCCUUUUUUACAACCAUAACCUGACAUGGGGUCCUUUGUUCUCCUCCUGAAUCAUUCAUUCAUCAAAAGUUGAAGAAGGAGGAGGAAGAACUCAUCGUAUAAUAGUUCUUCUUUUUCUGCAUUUUUUGUUGGCACUUUUGGACAACAAUGCAGCUUCACAUAUCACCAAGUUUAAGACAUGUAACUGUGCUACCAGGAAAAGGGUUGAAGGAAUUCAUCAAAGUGAAGGUUGCGUCGCGGCGAGUCUCUUAUAGGAUGCUCUUCUAUUCACUCCUGUUCUUCACAUUCCUUCUCAGGUUUGUGUUUGUUUUGACAUCAGUGGAUGGCAUUGAUGGAGGAGAAACCAAGUGCUCUACCAUAGGUUGCUUGGGAAAAAAACUGGGGCCAAAACUUAUGGGGAAAAAGACUGAAUCAAAUGUGCCAGACGUAAUAUACCAAACAUUAGAUGCACCCCUUGACAAAGAUGAGCUAAGGGGAAGAUCUGAUAUUCCACAGACUUUAGAAGAGUUCAUGACAGAAGUUAAGAAAGGUGGAUUUGAUGCCAAGACAUUUGCUGUUAAACUCAGAGAAAUGGUGACCCUUAUGGAACAAAGGACCCGAAAUGCAAAAAUCCAAGAAUAUCUAUAUCGCCAUGUAGCAUCGAGCAGCAUACCAAAACAACUUCACUGCCUUGACUUGAGGCUGGCCAGCGAGCACACCAACAACGCGGCAGCACGGCUUCAGCUACCCUCUGCAGAAUUAGUCCCUGCCCUGGUUGACAAUUCCUACUUCCACUUUGUCCUUGCCUCAGACAAUGUUCUGGCUGCUUCGGUUGUUGCAGCAUCGCUUGUCCGCAACUGUUUGCGGCCCCAGAAAGUUGUUCUGCACAUAAUUACAGAUAAAAAGACUUAUUAUCCCAUGCAGGCAUGGUUCUCCUUGCACCCUUUAUCACCUGCUAUAAUUGAAGUCAAAGCAUUGCAUCAUUUCGAUUGGUUUACAAAGGGUAAGGUGCCUGUGCUGGAAGCAAUGGAGAAAGACCAGAAGGUGCGAUCACAGUUUAGAGGAGGAUCAUCAGCUAUAGUAGCAAAUACCACUGAGAAGCCACAAGUUAUUGCAGCAAAGCUACAAACACUUAGUCCCAAGUAUAAUUCAGUGAUGAACCAUAUCCGAAUACAUCUUCCAGAGUUGUUUCCAAGCCUUAACAAGGUGGUCUUCCUCGACGAUGACAUAGUAAUACAAACUGAUCUUACGCCUCUGUGGGACAUUGACAUGAAUGGAAAAGUCAAUGGAGCAGUAGAAACAUGUACUGGAGAAGAUAAGUUUGUGAUGUCAAAGAGGUUGAAAAGCUAUUUGAACUUCUCUCACCCUCUCAUAUUGAAAAACUUCAAUCCGAACGAGUGCGCCUGGGCUUAUGGAAUGAACAUUUUUGACUUGGAGGCUUGGAGGAAAACCAAUAUAAGCUUUACAUACCACCAUUGGGUUGAGCAGAAUAUAAAAUCAGACCUGAGCCUGUGGCAGCUAGGCACAUUACCUCCUGGGUUGAUUGCAUUUCAUGGCCAUGUUCACAUUAUUGAUCCUUUCUGGCAUAUGCUGGGAUUGGGAUAUCAAGAAGACACAAGUUUUGCUGAUGCUGAGAGUGCCGGUGUCAUCCAUUUCAAUGGCAGGGCGAAGCCAUGGCUAGACAUAGCUUUUCCACAACUGAGGCCAUUGUGGACUAAAUAUGUUAACUUUUCAGAUAAAUUCAUCAAGAGCUGUCACAUUAAGGCAUCAUAGCUUAUAUCUUUGACAAAAAACAUGACAUUGUUGAUGAGUUGAAGAAAUGGCAUAUGCAUACAGAGGGAAAAAGAGAAAAAUGUGAGAAUUCUUCCAAACACAAGGCCUUCUUCCCAGACUAAAGACAACUCAACAAUAAUACGACACAAUGCUUCUUCUUUCACUUUUUCAAGAUUUUCUUUUUAACUCACUUUCUUCAGUUGAAAAUUCUCAGAUUCUUUUCACUUAAAUCCAUAUUGUACGUAUGAGUAUAUCUAUAGAAAAUAUACAUAUGCAUGUAUAAAGAGUAAAGACCACAGCUUUUUGUUUUUGGAGGAAACAAACAUGUGAGUUCAUCAAUGGUUGGUUAACUUCUGUAAGAUAAAGAAAUAAAUGAUCAAAAGUGAACAAGAGAG